AUGCGCGCUCACCUUGCGCCCUCCACCUGUCCCCGAACGCUGGCACUGCGCCUAACCCGUACCCCCCACCACUGCUGCGCCCUGCCCAUUACUGCGCCCACCCGUCCCGGCUUCGGCGGGAGAGAAGCCAGUGCGACAAUGAACCCAGCACAGCAGCAUCAGCGCCGGGCAUUCACAACAUCGAAAAUGCAAUCCCGGUUGACGCCACUGUCGCGGUAUGCAGAUGCAAACCCAGGUUUCCUGCAGCAAUAUGGUGGGCCUGAGGCGGGCUCGAUAGUCGCGGGGAGGCGCAAGUCGAGUGGGUUCCUAGAAACGCUAUUUAGGCGGCGGUCAAAGAAGUAUGCGCAGCGGCCAGAGAAGGGGAGUUCGAGGUACCUGGACUCGGGACCGGAGGAUGCGAUUCUGGGGAGGAGUCUGUUGCACAAGAAUAACGGGGAUGAGUUUUUGAGGUGUACGGAGUUUGAUCGGGAAGGAAACGUUACUGUUGUGUUUGGAGAGUUCAAGAAGACGGAGCUGUGUACAAAGCACGGCCUCAUGCCCCGCGAUCUCCGUAAACUCUGGGUUCCCAGCAUCAUCGUCCCCCACAUCCUCGUCCGCAAAAACUCCAUCCUCGUAAACCUUCUGCACAUCCGCGCACUCAUUAAAGCCGACAUGGUCCUCCUCUUCGACGUCUACGGGUCCACCGACUCCUACACACAAUCCAUCUUCAUGUACGAUCUCGGCGGAAAGCUGAGACAGGGCUCAAAGGCUAUGGGUGGUCUUCCAUAUGAGAUGCGCGCCCUCGAAGCAAUCCUCAUUUCCGUUACUGCGGCGCUGGAAGCAGAAAUGAAGGUGCUGCAGGAGCUGGUGAUUACGCUACUGGGAGACUUGGAGGAGGAUAUCGAUAGGGAUAAGCUGAGACAGCUCUUGAUUUACUCAAAGAAGCUGUCGACGUUUGAGCAGAAGGCGAAGCUGAUUAGGGACGCCAUUGAGGAGAUCCUGGAGGCUGAUGAUGAUUUGGCGGACAUGUAUCUGUCGGAGAAGCUGCACGGGAAGGUUAGGCCGAUGGAGGAGCACACUGAAGUAGAGAUGCUGCUGGAGUCAUAUCAUAAGAUAUGUGACGAGAUUGUCCAGAUCUCCAGCAAUUUGGUCUCUAGCAUCCGGAAUACCGAGGAAAUUGUCAAUAUCAUUCUCGACGCCAACCGCAACUCUCUCAUGCUCCUCGACCUCAAGUUCUCUAUCGGCACGCUCGGUAUCGGUUCCGGAACCUUCAUCGCCGGUCUCUACGGCAUGAAUCUUAAAAACUUCAUGGAAGAGUCCGACUUUGCCUUCUGGGGCGUCUCCGGAUGGGCGUUCGUCUUUUCCGCCAUCAUCUGCGCCUACGGCCUACAUAAGCUCCGCCGCACGCAACGCCUAACAAUGUGGGGCGAGAGCGGCGCAAAGGAGGGCAAGCGCGGCUGGAUGUCUGUCGGUAAGCAGCAGCAAGCGGGCGCAAAAAAGGCAGCCUCAAAGUUGAUGGAUCAGAGGUUCAACCAGAGCGUGCAGCACCAGCAGGAGGUGGGCGCGAAGGAGCGGGAGGUGUAUUUGGACUAUCAGCUGGAUUUGAUGCCAGUGAAGAAGGCGAAGAAAUAA